AUGGCCGUCGCGGAGUCUGUCUGUCCGAUCUGCCUUGACGAACCUCACGACGAGGCGUUUCUCGAGCCUUGCUUCCACAGCUUCUGCUUCGCCUGCAUCGUGCGAUGGCUCGAGUCCUGCACCCGCUACCUCAUCGUUCCUCCGCACUUACGCCAGCAAGAGCAGCAGCAACCGUCCGAUGUUGCGCCCAACGAUGCUCAUGUUGCCACGUCAUCGGGGUUGGACUCCUCUGCUCGUGUCGCAGCAGAUGCUGACGUUGGAGCAGCUGGCCGAGACGCAUCUUCACAUGCUGAUGUCAGCAGUCAACAGCAGCCCAGGAGACCUGCUGUGUGUCCCGUUUGCAAGGCCCCGCCACUCUCCAUCAUCCAUCACGUCGAUCUCGAAGCUGCCGACUUCGACCAGCUGCCCAUCCCGCCCUCUGCUGCUGCACCUGGGGGGGGGGCUACCGAAGCUGCGCCUGAGGCUGCUGCGGGGAGCCAUGCUGAGGGCAGGCGUGGAAGCAGCGGUGGUAGGAUUAUCAGCGCGUUCGUGCCUUCUGGGGAGCAUUGCAAGCGCAGGCGCCUCUACACCAGCGCGCCCACAGCAGUGGCAGCAGCAGCGCCGGGUGCAGAGAGCGAGAGAGGGAGGGCAGGCGGUGUGAGCAAGAGCAAGUGGCAACAGCGGGGGCGGGGGCGGGUGGUGGAGAGUGCGCCGACAGAGAGUGUGGUGCGCGCGUGGAUGACUGUGGAGCUGCAGGCGCUCAUGAAGGUCAGUUUGUGCGCUUGCAUGCACGUGUAUGUGCAUGAGUGGAUGGCUUCCGUGUGUUGGAAUGGAUGA